CCAGACCUAACGUAAAUUUUGGGCAAGCACACUUACAGCUAACUAGCUAAUGUUUCCUUGCUAACGUUAGCAUGCUAAUGUUGCUAGCUGAGCUCAUAAUUUGAAGUUAGCCAGUGUCGCUGUUUUCGUACUUUAGUCCUGGUUACCAUUGAUUGUAUGCAGUGACAGUACAUCACUGUCGUACAUGAGCUGUCAAUCUAAAUCUAACGUUUUUCUUCACUUUAAAUUAGCUACGUUAACAUACGGAAGGCUGUACACAAUUCGGACUGUUUAGACAGUGUUCUGCCAAAAAGUUGCCAUCCUUUGGAGCAAUAUCUUUACGCCUCUGCGUAAUUAUACCUGGGACAGAGAGAGACAGCUUAUAACCAUGACCUGGAUGACUGAGGAUCUACAUAGGCAUUGGAAACACUACUAUAGUUUUGCCUACAACUAUCCUAAAAGACAUGCCUGAUUACAAUUCAUAUCAGAACAUCAUGAUGUCCAUUACUGACCCAAACAUGAGUGUUAAGUUCACCAGUACAUUGGAGGAGACCCACAAAAAACAUCUUGAAACAUAUGCAAAAGUAAUCGACACGACUGUUGAAUUGCCCGAGUCUCACAGUCAGUUUGUGAGCUCAGCAUUUGAUACAUGUUUAAAAAAGUUUAAGGAUGAUGAGAUGCUGUUUGACACAAUACAGACAUUCAGAAAAGACUUGGAACAAAAAAAAGUGUCAUUGAAGGGCAAACGGCAGGCCAUAUCUGAAAUGAUAUCUGAGAUUCAAGAGAAGGAGAUGCAGAAAGAGGACAUCAUCCAGAAGAUUGAGAAACUGAAAGAAGAACAAGCCAAGAGAACAGAGUUAAUUGAGUCUCAAAACAAAGCCAACAAAGAUAGACUGAGGAACCUUCAGAAAGCCAGAGGGGUCUUUCACGAUCAUUUGGGGAUGGAGAUACGAACAAUCCUUGGCAAAACUGAACAGGACAAAGGUAAAAAGUUGCAGUUUGUUUUCCGGAACAUCAACCCUUCUAAGCAGGACAGCGCUUAUGUUAUCACGAUGGGGAUUACAGAAAAUGGAUCAUACCAGAUUGUUUCCAGUGACCCCACCCUGGAGUGUCUGUCCGUCUUGGAAAACCAGCUUCAGCAGACCAACAAUUUACCAGCAUUCCUGGCAAAAGUCCGAAAGGAGUUUAUCUCUCAGGCUCGCUGCUCCAACACCAUGCCGUGAAGUUCUCACUACAAUGCAGACUAAUGAAAGCAAGAGGGAUUACAUGGAGAGUCAUCAUAAGGAGAUUCUAGGUCUGUAAAUACAUCAGCUGCCUUGUUCGGACUCUUGGAUCGGAAUUUCAAAUACACUUUUCUUGGCAAUAAUUAACAAGUGUCCAGACUUUUUAUUGAGAGAGCUUAGGUAUGUUACAGAUUACCGGAAUCUGCAUAUUUCAUGUCUUUUUAAACCCUGGACUUCUUCCUUUAGAGAACAUGUCUUCUGGUGUGCAAAGUUAAAGGACGACACUUUUAAAAAAAUAUAUGAUCAUUCACAUGUUGAUGUAAACAGUUUAAUUUUUUUUGUCAUUGUUACUCAUUUUACAGACUGUAGGGAUAUCGAAGAAGUAAAACAGUUUUAUUUUCCUGUCACUCAUACUGAUAUAAUAAAGUAUGUGUUUUUAAAAAUA